UUCUCACUCUCCCAGAUGAAGCCGAACCGCAGAGUGAAGAAGUCGGAUUCGCCAUCGAAGCUUGUAUUGGAAGAGAUCAUCGGAUUAACAACAAAGAACGCCAAUGGAUUGGCUUCUAGCGAAUCCACCCCGUUAUCUGCUUACAUCGCCGGAUGCGCGGUGGUCCUCCACGACGCCAAUUCCGGCCAACAGUCGCUCCUCUUGGCGCCUCACAGAACUCCCAAGCCCUUGAGCUGCGUCGCAAUGUCUCUAGACGGACGAUUGGUCGCCGCUGGAGAGUCGGGAAAUCAACCUGCAGUACUAGUAUGGGAACAAUCGACUGGUUCCUUUUUGUCUGACCUAAGUGGCCAUGUGUGCGGAGUGGAAUGCAUUGCUUUCUCGCCCGAUGGUGAGCGCCUGGUGUCUGUUGGAGGAUAUAUAAAUCUAUGGGAUUGGAAGAAGGGUGUGCUGGUGGCGAAGCUUAAAGCAAGUUCAUCUGCCAUUUCAUCUGUUAGCUUCUCAGCCAACGGGAAAUUCAUUGUUACUGCUGGAAAGAAGCACUUGAAAUUCUGGACAGUUGGUUUAACACCAAAGAAGAGUACUCGAUUGAGCACAGUUUCAGUAGCAGGGGCGGCACCGAUGAUUCAAGGGAAGCCUGUCAAUCUUGGUCCUCAUAAAGGGAGCUCGUUCGUGUGUGUCACUAGUUCUGCAAAUCCCGAGCCAAUUGGGUCUACUAUGUUCUCUAUCUAUGCGUUAACUGUUGAAGGUGUCUUAUGCGUCAUAGACAAUGGUUUGUCAGUAGUGAGGUCCGCGGAGUUGAAGGUUGAGAAAGGUCUUGCGCUAUCUGCUUCCCGUAGGCUUAUUGCUUGUGCUUGUUGUAGUGGAAUCGUGAGACUCUUUACCAGUGAGACUCUCACUUAUGCUGGAAGUCUGCUACAUUCUAAACCCAAAGUUUUUGAUGAACCAAGUGAUGAUCAAACUGAAGUCAUUGGGGACGAGUCGAUUCCUUCCUCGCCUGAUGCUGUUGCUUGCCAAUUCUCUGCCUCGGAGAAGUUGGUCGUUAUUUAUGCUGACCAUAGCCUCUAUAUAUGGGAUGUUCUUGAUGUAAGCAAGGCCACCAGGUGUUGGAUGCUGGUUUCUCACUCAGCCUGUAUUUGGGAUAUCAAGAACCUCUGCUGUGAAAAUAUGCACGACCCUUCUCUUGGAUGCGCUGCUAGAGGAUGUCUGGCUGGAGUUUCUUUUGCUACCUGUUCAGCAGAUGGCACUAUCAGGUUGUGGGAUCUUGAACCACAGCCUCAAUUUGUUGGGGAUGACGAUUCUGAAUUACAUGCUCCAAAUGAACCGAUAAGCACCUCUUGCGUUGAAUAUGUGAAGCAUUCCUUAAAUUGUCUCUUUCUGCGUGUGACAAUAGUAAGUACUGGGAUCUUUGAGCGAGAUACCUUGGGUAUGGGUGUGAGCAGUCAGGGGCUUCGGUCCAUGGCUGUUAGUUCAGAUGGAAAGUACCUAGCUGCUGGUGAUAGCGAGGGAAGCCUCCACAUCUACAAUCUCUGCACUUCUGAGUAUACAUGCGUACAGGAUAUUCACCAAGCAGAGAUCCUAUCAUUGAGCUUCAGCGUGUCACAUGAGGAACACGUUAAUCGUCAAGAAGUUGAUCAUGGCAAUUACUUGCUUGUGUCAGGGGGAAGGGAUCGAGUUAUCCACCUUUAUGAUGUCAAAAGGAACUUUGAUCUUAUUGCAAGUGUUGAUGACCAUUCAGCUGCCGUGACCUGCGUGAAGCUCGAUAGAGGGGGCUGUAAGGCUAUCAGUUGCAGCGCUGAUAGGUCUUUGGUGUUCCGGGACGUUUUUUUGUCAGACACUGGCUGUAAGAUUUUUAGGCGUCAUCAUCAAAUGGCAUCAAAUGGAACUGUGUACGAUAUGGCUGUUGAUCCAAAAAUGGAGUUUGUUGUCACAGUUGGCCAGGACAAGAAGAUAAACACAUUUGAUGCCGCAUCUGGAAAGCUGGUGAGAUCUUUCAAGCAAGAUAAGGAUUUUGGAGACCCUAUAAAGGUUAUUAUGGAUCCAAGCUGCAGCUAUCUGGUUUGCUCUUACUCUAACAAGAGUAUCUGCGUUUACGAUUCAAUGACCGGAGAAAUGGUCACUCAGGCCAUGGGACAUGGUGAAGUAGUAACCGGUGUCGUCUUUUUACCCGACUGCAAGCAUUUAGUAUCCGUGGGUUUUUCUUGUUCGCCAUGUCCAACUUUCAACUGUUGAUCAAACAAGGACUUCGUUUUAUAUACUGAUUUUCUUCUUUCUCCCAUCAUAAUUUUAUAUGGCGCGUGCAUUCGUUAAUGGGUUGCUGCAAACUAAGGUUGCUGGUGAUGGUUGCAUCUUCGUCUGGAAACUGCCUCCUCGUAUGAGCUACAGGAUACUGCAUAAAAUGAAAGAAAUUUAUGCACCGCUGUCUCCCAGAAAGUUCGAGCUACCAUUACCCUCUACUCGAAUCAUGCUUCAUGAAGAAGACAGCCUGACAUUCAGAGUCGAUGCUGAAGAUAAACAAGAUGUUUUUUGUGAAGGAGUUGCACAUGAACGGACCCCAACGUUCAGAUUUAGCAUUUCACGACUUCCAAAGUGGGCGCAAUCUAGACUUGCAGACUCCGGUAGCAUUCAAAUAAAUCCCAUUUGCUCGCCAUCUCAAUCGAACCAGGAGCAGGUUGAAUUGAAAUUUUCCCCCCCACUGACACGUGAUGGCCAAGAAUCUGAUCAUCUGUACCUGGAAGUUGAGUCUCCUCUUCCUAGCCUUGAUAUAUGUAGCACGAAGUACUGCUUAAGUAGCUCGUCUUCAGAUUCUGCUCGAACAACUGAAAGGGGAAUUGAGCCUGUGCCACGUAAAAGUCUGAGUCAAUUUGCCAUGGACAAACGUUGGCUUAGUGUUUAUACCGUGUGUCAUAUACUGAAUUCUCCAGAACUGCAGCGAUCGAUGGAUUUAAAUAUGCCAGUCUCAUCAUCAAGCUCUGAGAAGGAUAAAGCACCCAUAGAUGGUGCUAGACAAGCAGGCGCUUCAGAACUGCAAUCAAGUUCUUGUAAUUGUGAUUUCUUAUACCAAGAAGAUAAACCUCAAUUUAUUGAUAAAAUCACGAAUCCAAGUGAGCAGCAGAUUUCAACCUGGAUACCUGAGCAGUGUUCCGUUAGAUCCGAAAGCCAAGCACGUGAGGGCAUAGCUGAAGAGAGCGCAAUUUUCAAGCAACACUUUGGUAGUUUAUCAACAGCCACUAAGAUAGAAGGCUCUAAAUCUAAAUCAUCUGUGAGAAGAAGUUACUCUGCAAGGUACGUGGUGCGGCGGGACAAUCCUGCACUGUCCCAGAAACUCUUUGCCACACCAUUCCGAUAUUCUGGUCGUAACACUUGCCAGGAUAUUGAAAAUGAUGGCACUCAUAUUCACUCGGAAAAUCCACUAAUCCAGUGUCCGAAAGGAAAUCUGGUGUUUCAUAACAGAUCACAGAGCCUUGCACAAGAUUAUUCCACAAACUGCAUCACGGAGGAAGAAGCUUCAGAUAUGACAAGAGAAAGUAGCUCCGAGCAAAGUGACGGCCUGCUGCAGGAAAGAUUAUCACUGUGCAUAGAAGCAUUACUGAAAUUGGACACCGCAGCUGAGAACGCACUGCAUCUGUUCGCCAACGGACCCGAAGCUGAAUUUCACAAAGGGGCAAGCGACCUGCUUUCGUCGAUAACAAAGAAAAUCGAUGCAGUUGCUAAGCUGGUGCAUCGUGGCAAAUGACAAUAUCAGCAUAAGCUGUAAAUUAACCGAAGUGCAUGGUUGAUUUCGCCAAGAAUGGGCUGGGCAUGUGGGCCCACAGACGGAGCCUGACGAGCUGGUGCCUGGUGGAUAAACGAGCCCAACUUGAAUGGGCUCAAAUGAAAGAGGAAAUGCCCAAACUUUUGUGUUCGGGGCUUCGGGCAGUGGAAUAAGUGGACAUGAUGGCAGCACUGAAAUCAACGGGCUGGGCUCCAGUAAAGAAGCAACAAGCAAGCUAUUGGAAAAGGAGGUACAAAAUUUUCUGGACCUUUCUUCGUGUGGGACGGGAACGUCUCUUUUUUUCUUUUUUUGACAAAGUUUCCAUUCCCGCUACGAUCUAUGGGCCUUUCUCCUUUAUUACCCGUAUAUAUAAACAAAAAAGCAAAAGAGGGAAACAAAAGUAAAGAAGACCCAUCUUUUCUUUUCUCCUUGUAACAGCAGCUCUUUAUCUUUUUUCUUUCAUUCAAGUACACUCCUCCUGAUUUUCAUUGUGAAUUUCCCAAUAUAAAACAAGUAGGAGCCGAGCUCGGUUUGUAGAUUUCAAGGCAAAUGUCAGUGAACAAUGUGGGUAGCGGUGGUUUUGUAGUAGUAGCCACACCAUACUAGGAUAGGAGGAGGAAGAUAUGUAGGAAUAUUUGUAAAUCCCUAAGAAGGUAUGCCCCCUUGGAAAUUAAUGGUCCUGUGCACAUUAGCUUUGUCUUGCUUUAGU